AUGUUUAUCUCUAUUUGGUGUCACUCACCUAUCCUACUUCUCCUCCAGAUAUCCAACCGUUUAUCUCUACUCUCAUCCAAGGAACGCGCCCAAGCACUGGCCGAUAUUCAACAGAUCCUUGAUAAGUAUCAACCCGGUACCUCCCCCCUGCAAGCGGGUCAAAGUAACGCUAACGAAGCCCUGGACGGCAAUGCACGGCAAAACGCUAUCGAUCUUUCAAAGGGCAUCACUUUCCCCACAGUGAGUUCCCUCAUGUUGUGUGAUAGAAGGCCCCAGUUCGAUAUUUCGGUCUACUUAGAUUUGACCUUUCACGUUUUGAAGCAGACGGCCAUGCAGGGUAAUGUGAUCCCUGUCAAGAAGAAAAAGCGAAAGAAAGACAUCGUCAAACUUCCUUCGCCUUUGCCAUCCCUACCUUCAGCUCAACCCCUUUCACCUCAUACUCAUGUUUCGCCUCCACCUCCAGCCUCACAUCACCUUCCCAACUCAUUUAUUCAACCCUCAUCUCUGGAUUCGAAUCAACCUACAACUUGGCCAAUUGCAUCCCCUGCUCCUGACAUUGCAGGCGGCCCACUCGCUCCAACUCAAAUCCAAUCCCCAUUUCCUCACAUUACCACACCACCAUCACUCGGCUUGAAUCCCAUUAGAUCAACAAUUGAACCCAGCUGUGAUGUUCCAAACAUCGAUCAACCACCAACACUAGGCUUGGGUCCGAUUAGACAAACAAUCGAACCCAAGUGUGAUAUCCCAAAGAUCGUUCAACCACCAUCACUCGGCUUGGGGCUGAUUCAACCAACAAUCGAACCCAACUGUGAUAUCCCAAAGAUCGUACAACCACCUUCACUUGGCUUGGGUUCGAUUAGACCAACAAUUGAACCCAACCGUGAUGUUCCCAACUUUGUUGAAUUCCAACAAUUGGUCAAUUAUGAGUCCGACCCAUCGCGUCCAGCUAGUCCUAGUGUAGCUUCUGUUUGUCAGUCUUCUCCAGACCAAACAUCUACACAUGUCGAUAACAACGCGGAUGAAAGCUUUGAUUUAGAUACCUUGCUGCCCCCCCUCACCAGCCCUGCGAAGCAACUUCAAGAAGACUUGGAUACCUUGCUCCCCCCUCUUCCUCUCACAAGCCCUGUGCAACAUGAUCGACACACAACUAGCAUCGUUAAUGGUCCUAACGCCAUCGUCAAUGUAGCACCUGAACUUGUUUCAUCUCAACCUCCAGUAUUGUAUUUCCUUCUACAAAAAUUGAAUAGUACAACAUAG